GAGCGACCUGGUGACGUGAGGAGCGUUCCAUUCGGCCAGCGGUGGGCGUUUGCCACAGCUGGUUUAGGGCCCGGACCGUUGGGGCCCCUUGUCAGGAGGAGGCAGCCUCUUGGCUGGGGAGAAGUCGCUGCCUUCUUUGGCGGCCAACGCUGUCCCCUGGGACGGUCCACUUUCUGCCCUCAGUAGCUGGCCGAGUUCGGUCUCCCUCGUUCAGGACUAGAAAUUGGACUUUUGAUGAUGUUUGACCCAGCAGCGGCAAUAGCAGGCAACGUGACUUUGAACCUGGCCUCAGCCUCCAUUUCUUCUUGCUUGUAAUCACAAAGCCCAUUUUGGACCAGGAAUUCCAAUCAUGUCUGUGAUGGUAGUGAGAAAGAAGGUAACAAGGAAGUGGGAGAAACUCCCAGGCAGGAACACCUUCUGCUGCGAUGGCCGCGUCAUGAUGGCUCGACAAAAGGGCAUCUUCUACUUGACCCUCUUCCUCAUCCUGGGGACAUGUACACUCUUCUUUGCCUUCGAGUGUCGCUACCUGGCUGUUCAGCUGUCUCCUGCAAUUCCUGUGUUUGCUGCUAUGCUCUUCCUUUUCUCCAUGGCCACACUGUUGAGGACCAGUUUCAGUGACCCUGGAGUGAUUCCUCGGGCUCUACCAGAUGAAGCAGCUUUCAUAGAAAUGGAGAUAGAAGCUACCAAUGGUGCAGUGCCCCAGGGUCAGCGACCACCCCCUCGUAUCAAGAAUUUCCAGAUAAACAACCAGAUUGUGAAACUGAAAUACUGUUACACAUGCAAGAUCUUCCGGCCUCCCCGGGCCUCCCAUUGCAGCAUCUGUGACAACUGUGUGGAGCGCUUCGACCAUCACUGCCCCUGGGUGGGGAACUGUGUUGGAAAGAGGAACUACCGCUACUUCUACCUCUUCAUCCUUUCUCUCUCCCUCCUCACAAUUUAUGUGUUUGCCUUCAAUAUCGUCUAUGUGGCUCUGAAAUCCUUGAAAAUUGGCUUCCUGGAGACAUUGAAAGAAACUCCUGGAACUGUUCUAGAAGUCCUCAUUUGCUUCUUCACACUCUGGUCCGUCGUGGGACUGACUGGAUUUCACACUUUCCUCGUGGCCCUCAACCAGACAACCAAUGAAGAUAUCAAAGGAUCAUGGACGGGGAAGAAUCGUGUCCAAAAUCCCUACAGCCAUGGCAACAUUGUGAAGAACUGCUGUGAAGUGCUGUGUGGCCCUUUGCCCCCCAGUGUGCUGGAUCGAAGAGGUAUUUUGCCACUGGAAGAAAGUGGAAGUCGACCUCCUAGUACUCAAGAGACCAGUAGUAGCCUCUUACCACAGAGCCCAUAUCAAGAUCCCUGUAGAAGAUCCCAAUCUCCUGCUCGGUGCUACGACACAAGGUCCCAACGGAACAGCUCAACUCCAGUGAGAUGCCGGAGGACACCAGCACUCCGGAAGAGAUGCCACCUCCAGAGCCCCCAGAGCCACCACAGGAGGCAGCUGAAGCGGAGAAGUAGCUUAUCUACAGAAGAGACUUUUGUUUCUGUUUAAUUAGGGCUAUGAGAAAUUCCAGGGGAGAAGAUAAACUUGAGACAGAGAGCAAGUAAGCUGUCCCUUUUGAUGUUUUUCUUUGGUCUUUAGUCACCCAAUUGCACACUGGCAUUUUUUGCUGCAAUCUUUUUUUAAAUCUCUGGACUCAAGGCAGUAGCAGAAGAAGCCAGUCACCUGUAUAAAUGGAUAAAUGUGUCUCUUAGGUUUGUGGAACUGGUUUCCUAUGGCCUCAGCCACAGGGUCUCCCUGGACUUCCAUGUCCUCCCACCAGAUCCCAGCUCUUAUGAUUGGGGUCAUUGGUCUCAUUCUGGGGAUAAAGAUUCUUGAGGCUGGCUUACAUCCUCUCAAGCUGCUGAAUGUCCUGAGUCCAGAGGUAGUCACAGAGACCUCUAUCCUAACUGGGUUCUUGCCUCCUUCAGAAUUAACGAGGACAGAGA